AGCGGCGGGGAGGGGAGGGGAGGGCAAGGCCGCCGAUUGGCGCCAGCUUCCAGACGGCACAACAGCAACCCCCCAGCCGUUGCAGGGUAUGGCUCAGAAUUUACUUUCUUGUGCAUUGGAUAGCGCCAGGCGAGCUCUACAGCUGCCGGUCCACAGGGUCACACGAAGCGGACACCAAGGGUCGCGCACAUUUGAGUGCACGUACGGAUGCUGAGGACGCGAGCGAGUACUUAAUGCCCUGCGCAUAGUCACUUCCUUAGUUGGCUGCCAAGCUCGUGUAGUCAUACAAUCCUCUGCAGCACAGCGAUUAGCUACAUCGCUAAUAUAUAGUUUCCAUGGCAGACUUACAGCAUCGUCGGUUUAGGUCUUGCAAGAGCGAGUCUGUAGAAUUCUUCAGCAACCUUGACGUCUGCAGCCAUCAGCGCAACGUAGCGGUCAUUUGCGCCAGUGGGCACGCGGCGCCUGUGCCAAUCCUUGCCGCGGCGACUGGCGGGCUCGACUUCCUGUGCAAGCUUCUCCGCGGCAAAAGGCACAUUCUGCACGUGUGCAGUGUGCUUGAGCACAACCAGGACACCGCUCACGCCCACUCGACCGCGCUGAGCGGCGCCAUCUCCCAGGCUGGUGGAAGCCCUUCCGCGGCCAUCCCCCGCGCCGCGACGGCGGCGUGCCAGCAGUUCGCUGCUGGCACCAGCAGCGUGCUCCAGCCCCCGGAGCUCAACGUGGGGCCGCUAGGCGUGCAGGCGCGGUCGCACGACGUACACAUGGCGGAAGCGGUGCAGGCCCUACACCCGGCGCUGGUGGACAGGGUCAAGACCCUGCGCGAGGCGGCGGCCAAGCUGCAGGCGGCGCCGUCGGAUGCCGCCAAGCAGGCGGCACGGCGGGCGUUCAUGAACGCCAAGGGCAAGGUGGCGGGGCUGAUGGUGGUGGUAGACACCAUGUUCAACGAGAACAGCAGGGACGAGGUCCUUGCCCUGCUGUCAACCAGCGAGGUGGCGCGGGCGGCCACCACCGUUCGCGACGCGGUCGCGAGUAUUCAGGCCGUGGCGCUGCAGCCCGCCCACGUCAACGCCGAUGCCAACGCCGGCGCCGAUGCCAACGCCAACGCCGCCGCUGACGGCGCCACCGCUGACGGCGCUGCCUCUGACGCCGACGCCGAUGAGGCCCACGGCGCCGCCUCUGACGCCGACGGCGGAGAGGCCAACGCCCCGCCGCUGCCGUCGGGCCCACGCUGCCGCAGCUUCGCAGCCGUGGUCGCCGCCGCCGCCCGCGUGUCAGCUGUUGCCAAGGCGGCGGCGGCGCAGUCGCGCGCCGAGGCCGCCGAGGGAGGCGAGGAGGACGUGCCCGGCGACGGCACGGUGGUGGUGUCGUGCGGCGCCGCGCCCGCGCCCAAGGCCGCCGCGUGAUGCUUGCCUGCAAGGCAGUUGGCGGCCUCUUGACCGCGGCUAAACUGAGCCGAGCGCGGCCGUACCCCUGCCAGCAUGCGUGCGUGUUGUGUGCAUUCGCCGGGUUUCCAAGUGACGCCCGUGACGCCUCCCAUGACCGUUUCCAUCAUUCUUUGUGCAAUCAAUAAUGUUGCGGCAUAGUGUAUGCAUUCGCACGUGUCUGCCCUCAUGAAGGUCAUAGACGGCAAGCACGGAGUAUCGCACUGAACGUUUUGGCUGUACGGCAUUGACCCUGAAGCGCUGUGCUUGGACGCAUGAACAUGGGCGGGGGCGGGAUGCCCCGUCGAAGCAUCGUCAAAGACUUUGGACAUGCCCGCCCGAUGUAACACCAGAAUGCCCU